AUGGCCCCGGUCUAAUCGAGGCCAAGAGCCAAGGACACCUCUUUCCGAAAUCCAUCCAGCCAGGCUGAUUGAUGCCAAGCUGGGGCACCCACGAACUUGGUCUGACAUUGCACCACCUUGGAAGCAGGUUGGGCGGCAUGGCAUCCCAUCAUGCUACGUAACUCCCGCAGCCGAUUCCUUACCACGCUCGCUCGCUUCAUUUCUUGUUAAGUCAUCCAUAUUCGCACGCGCUGGCAUCUGCACCUCCCCAGGUCGUCGCUCUGCACAAUUUCUCAACCCGUCCACCAUCUGUUCCCUUCUCUACCUUCGACUGCAGGGCUGCCCGGCGCUGCCUCCUCUUCUCCACAAACAUGCCCACGCAGGCUGCGGAUACCGCCCGCUACCGGCGCGAUGACAAGGCCGGUGGCAAGUUGAUGACCCCCCAGGAACGGCUCAAGUUGAUCGAGCCGUAUCUCCCUAAGAGGCCCGCGGACACUCUCGAUGCAAGGAGCAAAGCUAGGCGCCCGUCGGUCCUCGGUGUUCGUCGCUUUCUUGCCAACCAGCUGCACCUCUUCUUCUACGUCUUGAUCCACACGGUUUUCUCCCUCUACAUUAGGACUCGACAGGUGUACCAUUUCCUCAAGGACCGGACGCGCUCUAUUCUGUCAUACCACCACCACACGCCAGAGAUCAUCGAGGGCGACGUCAAGGGUCUCCAGAGGAUCCCGCAGCACCUGAGUGUGAUCCUGCGCCUCGACGACAGUGCCAGGGGCGGCUCGGAGCUCGAGCGGCUGGUAAAUGAGGUUGCCGACAUUGCGGCCUGGUGCGCAUGCGCCGGGAUACCGCUACUCUCCGUCUACGAGCGAACAGGAGUCCUGAAGGGUUACAUGCCCCAAGUGCACCGUGUCGUCUCGCAAAAACUCGCAGCCUACUACGGGCGGAACCACCCGGCCCUGACCCUCCAGGCGCCACACACACAGGCCAUCGAGUCGGCCCCGCUCGCAGAGCAUGUCGGCAGCGAGGACGCCAAGCACCUCUCGGUUCUUCUGCUCUCGGCUGAGGACGGGCGUGACUCGAUAGUCGAUCUUACCAAGACGUUGACCGAGAUGGCGCAGCGGUCUAAGAUGUCGCCUGUCGAUAUAAGCAUCGACCUCGUCGAUGCGGAGCUGUCGGAGAGUGUUAUGGGCGAGCCCGACCUCCUCAUCCUCUUUAGCCCCCACGUCGAGCUCCAGGGCUACCCCCCUUGGCAGAUCCGGCUGACCGAGGUGUUCCACGUCCAAGACAACCAAGGCGUGGGAUACCAAGUCUUCCUCCGCGGCCUGCAGAACUACGCCAGCGCAAAGAUGCGAUUCGGCAAAUAGUAGACGGGCGUCUCGACAUUCUGGAGCCCGAAUAGCACCGAGGUGGCUGUGCACAUAGACUUAGACGCAUGCCCCGUUGGCUGCUACGCCGUCACUACUAUUUCAUUGCUUAUUCUCGCGCAUUUCCUUAGCAGCCUUGUCCCAUAAGUACAUAGCGCCAUUGCCUACAUUAUAGUUGUAGUAGUUGUCUGUUCCAGCCUUGAUCAUGGCUCUCCUGAAGGUGAUGUUGAUCCGG